GCGAGCUCUUCUCGCUCCGUCUUUAGCAAAUGACUCUCUACCGCGCUAAGAACGUCCAAUGCCGAAAGACAAAAGUAGCCGAUGGUCAUUCUAUUCAAAACCCGUCCGUGAAAGAGAGCGCUUCAGAAGGAGCGGCGUAUUAGCCUAGGGAGAAAAGAAGAAAGAGCCUACCUUUGCGUAUCAGCAGAUUGGUAUGGCGUGGGAAGCAUGCGCAAAUGGCGCAGCCAGAAGGAGACAUGCUUCGCUUGGUCCAUCUCCAUCGAAGAACGCAGCCGUUGCGAAUGGAGUGUCCAAUAAACUGUUCACCCACGAGCGCCUUUCGCCACUGUAGACUCCAAAUGGCUGUUUUAGGGUGGGAGAGGCAGACUGUCAGUGCAGCUCACCGCUUAUGGUGUAGCCUGCGGUCCGCUGUUAUACAACUCGCAGCGCCGGCACUCGACCCCCGAGUAGCGAGAGACAUAAGCAUGUGUGGCGGUGAUGGGAGGGACGUGCAGGCAUGGUGGUCAGGUGAAUGAUUGUCACGUGAUCCAGUUUACAAGGGGUCGGGUCGAUGGUCUGCGUGUCCUCGUCAUCGCCACAAACCAG